AUGUUGAGGGUUGCAGCAAGGAGACUCUCUUCUCUCUCCUCUCCUCCGUCCCGACCCUUCCACGCUGCUUCCGUUUUCCUCUCCGAAAACGUCGUGGUUGAUGACCGCAGAUCCGCGCCUUCCCCCCAACUCAGCAAUUUCCUUCUUCCCUUCAGAGGUUUUGCUACUGAAUCACUGAUCCACACAAAAGAAAACAGCAUUAUUCCUGAGAUUCCAGCAACCAUUGCUGCUGUUAAGAACCCUACUUCUAGGAUUGUCUAUGACGAGCACAACCAUGAAAGGUUUCCCCCAGGUGACCCUAGCAAGAGGGCAUUUGCUUACUUCGUCCUUACAGGUGGUAGGUUCGUUUACGCCUCUCUGAUCCGUCUCCUAAUCCUCAAGUUUGUGCUUAGCAUGUCUGCUAGUAAGGAUGUUCUUGCACUGGCUUCACUUGAGGUUGAUCUCACUGGCAUUGAGCCUGGCACCACGGUGACCGUUAAGUGGCGUGGAAAACCAGUGUUCAUCAGGCGCCGAACUGAGGAUGAUAUCAAGUUGGCAAACAAUGUAGACAUUCUGUCUCUUCGUGAUCCCCAACAGGAUGCAGAUAGAGUGAAGGACCCAGAAUGGCUCAUUGUGAUUGGUGUUUGCACCCAUUUGGGUUGCAUUCCAUUGCCAAAUGCUGGUGAUUUUGGUGGGUGGUUUUGCCCAUGCCACGGAUCACAUUAUGAUAUUUCUGGCAGAAUUAGGAAGGGACCAGCACCAUACAAUCUGGAGGUUCCUACCUAUUCCUUCUUGGAAGAGAACAAGUUAUUGAUUGGUUGA